GCCUGACGUGUAUAUAAAAGAAAGCAUGUCCGCCCGGACCUCAUUUUUUUGGUUUUUGUCUUUUCUUCAUUCACAUCUUGUACACACAUAUCUCCCUUUUUGUCUAUAAUCACACAUUGUAAAAAUGGCCAAGCCCGUCGAGACUUAUAACGCUUUCCUCAACAUCCCUCUUUCCGAGGCUGACCCCGAGGUCGCUCAGAUCAUCGAGCAUGAGAAGUACCGCCAGUUCGCUGAGCUCGAGCUCAUCGCGUCGGAGAACUUCACCUCGCAGGCCGUCAUGGAGGCCAACGGAUCGGCUCUGACCAACAAGUACUCCGAGGGUCUGCCCGGCGCUCGCUACUACGGCGGCAACGAGCACGUCGACCAGCUCGAGCGUCUCUGCCAGCAGCGCGCCCUCGAGGCAUUCAAGCUCGACCCCAAGGAAUGGGGAGUCAACGUGCAGCCGUACUCCGGCUCAACGGCCAACUUUGCAGCUCUGACGGCGCUCCUGGAGCCCUUUGACCGGCUGAUGGGCCUUGACCUGCCUUCGGGUGGUCACUUGACGCACGGAUACCAGACGGACAAGAAGAAGAUCUCGUCGUCGUCGAUCUACUUCCAGUCGAUGCCCUACCGCGUGGACUCGGAGACUGGCAUUGUUGACUACGACAAGCUGGAGGAUAACGCGCAGCUGUUCCGCCCCCAGCUCCUUAUCUGCGGCGCGUCCGCGUACCCCCGCGACUGGGACUACGCGCGCAUGCGCAAGAUCGCCAACAACCACAGCGCCUACCUGCUGUGCGACAUGGCCCAUGUCUCGGGUCUGAUCGCCGCUGGCGAGCAGGAGAGCCCCUUCAAGUUCUGCGACAUUGUCACGACCACCACACACAAGACUCUGCGUGGCCCGCGCGCCGGCCUCAUCUUCUUCCGCAAGACCGAGGGCGAGGACAAGAAGAACUCGCUGGAGAGCCGUGUCAACCAGGCUGUCUUCCCCUCAUGCCAGGGCGGCCCACACAACAACACUAUUGCGGGCAUUGCUGUUGCGCUGAAGCAGGCUGCGUCGCCUGAGUUUGUCCAGUACGCCAAGCAGGUGCGUGCCAACACCCAGGCUCUGGCCAAGUCCCUGACAGGCCACGGAUACCGGUUGGCGUCGGGCGGCUCCGACAACCACCUGGUCCUGUGGGACCUCAAGCCCCAGGGCCUGACCGGCAGCAAAAUCGAGAAGAUCUGUGAGCUGGUCAACAUCACGCUGAACAAGAACUCGGUGUGCGGCGAUAAGAGCGCGGUGACGCCCGGUGGCGUGCGCAUUGGAACCUCGGCGCUGACGUCGCGUGGAUUCAAGGAGGAGGACUUUGCGCGGGUCGGUGACCUGCUGCACCGCACUGUGGAGAUCGCCACUGAGGUGCAGAAUGAGGCUGGCAGCAAGCUGCUCAAGGACUUUAUGACUGCCGCUGCCAAGUCCAGCAAGAUCGGCGAGCUCCAGAAGGAGAUCGAGGCCUUUGCCACAUCGUUCCCCAUGCCCGGCUUUGACGCGUCCAACCUCAAGAAGCCCCAGAAUCACUAAGCUGAGUUGCAGCGCAAUAACCAAAAUUUUUAUUUUCAUUUUAAUUCAUAUUUCUGUCAUCAUCCCACUU